UCCACGUGCUAGAAGAAGAGAGAUUGUGACGUCAACGGAUAUAAACAAAGGCAGGACGCAUAGCUGCAAUAAACUACACUCUUUUAGUAUUUACAUGUAAACAGUACCGGGAAAUUGGAAACCGACUUGUCUAAAGAUGGAAAACGGGUUAUUGAUGCGAGUGAGUGUUUUUACCGACCAAGGAGGCAGGAAAUACAUGGAAGAUGUGACCGAGGUCAUAGUAGAGCCCAAGCCGGGAGAAGACGAACAGAGCCCGGGUGAGGCAGAAGACAUCAAUGGGGGAGACUUUAUGGUCAGUUCUCCGGCUAAGGACACGCAUCAGCACCAGACUGAUGAACCAGACACCCCCCCACCGGUUUCAGAUGCAACGUGUGAAACUGUGCAUACGACAGACCAAUGUGUGUUAUUGGAAACAUCUUUACCAGGAGGUCAAAGCCCGCCGCGGGCUGAGCAGAGCCCCUCUGGUCCGUCCCGCCGCUCCGUGGCGUUCUUCGCGGUGUUCGAUGGGCAUGGAGGCCGCGAGGCAGCGCAGUUUGCACGGGACUAUCUUUGGGAGUCCCUGAAGAGACAGCGGGGCUUCUGGUCCGACUGUGACCAGGAGGUCUGCUCUGCAAUACGCAAAGGAUUCGUAGCUUGUCACCAUGCUAUGUGGAAAAAACUACCUGAAUGGCCAAAGACGCUCACAGGCCUUCCCAGCACAUCGGGCACCACAGCCAGCGUCGUGGUCAUCCGAGGGAACCGCAUGUAUGUGGCCCAUGUUGGGGAUUCAGCAGUGGUUUUAGGGGUCCAGGAUGACCCCUCAGUCCCAUUCAUCAGAGCUGUGGAAGUCACACAAGACCACAAACCUGAACUACCAAGAGAGAGGGAGCGUAUUGAAGGUCUGGGAGGAAGUGUUAUCAAGAAAUCUGGAGUGAACCGGGUUGUCUGGAAAAGGCCAAGGCUGAGCCACAACGGCCCAGUGCGUAGGAGCACCGUCAUCGAUAAUAUCCCAUUCUUGGCAGUAGCCCGUGCUUUAGGUGAUCUGUGGAGCUAUGACUUCUACAGCGGGGAAUUUGUGGUUUCACCAGAGCCGGACACUAGUGUGAUGAUCCUUGACCCCAAAAAACACCGCUACAUCAUCCUGGGCAGCGACGGUCUGUGGAACAUGGUACCACCUCAAGACGCCAUCUCCAUGUGUCAGAACAACGAGGCAACGGCACCGUGUGGUGUAUCCAGUGCCCGGCAGCUGGUCAGCCAUGCUCUGCUGCGAUGGCGUCAACGCAUGCUGCGUGCUGACAACACCAGCGCAAUCGUGAUCACCCUGCAGGACCCCGGGAGCUCCCAAGACACACUGCACCAUGAGGAGGUGCUGCUUGACCUGGCCAAGGUAUCCCAGUGUCCUCCCACCUCCAUGUCCCGCGCUGGCACUCCUCUCCUUCAGCGACCUCUAAAGGAAGACACUCCCUCUGCCAUGUGUGAGCUCCUCCCUACUUUGGAGCGACAGGACGGACUCUCAGGAAGCAACAGCCUGUAUCUCAUGAAUGUGUCGGGCCCAAGCACCCUCGAUCCACUCUGUCCAAAAAGUAGUUCUGAGGUUCCCAGUCCCACUGACAGGACAGUUGGCGGCAGGACCCUCAACAGAAAAAGAGUUCUUCAACGAUCAUCAUCAUCAAGCCCGUCGGCUAAGAAGGCCCGGCGCAGGACUGCCAAAAGGCUGCCUUUGGUGCAGCACAACGCAGAGAAAAAACAGAAAGAGUCCAGUAAUAGCCGCGUUCACACCGCAGUACUUUUCCCACUUUAGUUCCGAUAUAGUUCCGAAAUUUCGCGUUCACACCAAAAAGAGCCGGAACUAAAAUGAGUUCAUCAGAAUCUUUUUUACCCUCUUUACUUUCGUGGGAGAAAAAGGUUCCUAUGUCUGAUUGGCUGGGCGGAUUGCAAACCCACCCCGUAAAACUCAAAAA